AUGGAGACUCAACCGUCCCGGGUCGUCUUCGAAAGGAGGCUGCCCACAGAAGCAAGAAGGGAAGAGGACGACUGGGCCGGUUUGUCUGACGCGAGAGCCAGGAGAAGGAUCCAGAAUCGUCUGAACCAGCGCUCAUAUCGCCGCAGGAGAGCAGCAGAACGAGAGGCAAAAAGGGCGUCAGCUGCCUGCAGGCAACAAAAGCCUGUCUCCCUUGCGCCGCGGGAAGUUGUACGUGCAGCGGAUCAAAAAGGCAAAGGCAAGCAAACAGCGUCUGGAGGAGAUGCUCCGCUUCCCGAUAACACAUUCGGCCAGGUUGCCCUGCACUCUCAAACAGAGCUUCAGCAAAUCACCUCCCCGGUGCUGGGAUGUGCGGUGCUGCUUGCGAACCAUGGGAUACGGAGAGUCCACCAUUACGCCCGCACGAUCCUCUGGCCUUCGUUCAAGCAUUACAGCCUCGAGACCAACGAGUCCUUAACCUCAGCCUUCUUUCACCUGAGCAUGGUCGAUGACCUGUUGCUCAACUCAUUCGUCUGGACCGCCGCAUUGGCCAUGUCGAUGCACCUGCCCCAUACCGCCAUUGCCAACGACGCGGUCAUGUUCGCCUGCCAGAAUAGGGCAGUUCAGAGCAUUCGCGAGCAUAUCGAUCGGAACCAAGUCUCGGACUCUUUGAUUUUUGCAGUUCUUGCCCUUACGAUACGCGACACUGACCCUCGCAUGGCUGUGCACAAGGCAGGUGGAGGAGAACACUGCUUUGGAGGCUUCGAUCCCCCGCUACGAUCACUCGGUUGGAUCCAAUAUUUCUCCCACUUUCGCUGGACGCCGUCUCACAUGCUCGCGGUCAAAUCCCUCGUGGCUGCGCGAGGUGGCCUCCAACAUGUCUCGAUGCCUGGUGUUGCGGAACAGAUCCAGUCCACAGACAUCCUACGGGCAAGUUUAUCGCUGUGCCGCCCAAAUUUCACCCUCUGCCGCCUCUACCAGCACGUGCUUGAGAACCAUGUCAAGAUGGUCCGCCCGCCCCGCGAGAGACUUGACGAGGCGUUUCCCACCAUCCACGACACUGAUUUCAAGGACCUGCUCCUCGACAUGAGAAUGUACUGCCGAGAGCUAGAGAGAAUCGCGGCAGAAUCGGGUGGUGCUUCUGAGGGCGGCGGUGGCGGGGGCGGUGAUGGUGCUGCCGACGACCUGGUGGCCUCGUCGGGGGUGGCCUGGGAAACGAACGUCUAUCGCAAUCUCAUCCAGCACCGCCUGUUGCGGCUACCCCGGUACGGGAGCCGAGAGGAAGAACUCUGCCGUCUCGCGGCCAUGAUUUUCAGCUACGGCGUCAUUUACCCCGUCGCCAGGCCAAGACCCUUGCGCGUUCUGGCUAAGCAGUUAAGAAUCGAGGUUGAGCACCACCCGUCGUCUCCUUCAAUAGCGACGUGCAAUGGGCCAACGACGGCGGGUCGCGGGGCGGCGUUCCUCCUGUGGAUUGCGGUCCUCGGCGCUCUCGCGUCCAAGAACAGCGACGAUGACGAAGCUUUCUUCGUCGAUCUCGUGGCAACGUGCUCUGCGAGACUGGAGGUUGUGGACUUCGCCCACCUGCGAGCCCUCGUGUGCCGCUUCCUCUGGCUCGCAGGUGCUUGCGACGAGGGCGCAUACGACGUGUGGGCGAAGGUCUGGGGUGUCAUGGAACAUGAGGAGGUAAGGAAUGCCAACGCGUGCCUGCACCAGCAGCAGGAGCAGGCGCAGGACGAGGAGGAGGAGGGGUCAGGAGUUGUCGGGUCUAUGCACCACGUGUCUUUGAUAUGUGCACUAUAG